AUGUUCGAAGGCCUCAUUCCUUUCUCAAUAACCACUCAAUCCGACCCUCCAGUCAUCAUCAAAGGUCUCCAAACGCCGCCAGAAUCUUCCCUCCCACCUCUCCUCCUCCUCCAUGGCUACCCUCAAACCCGCCACAUAUGGCAUCGCAUCGUCCCCCAACUCACCACCAAGUACAACCUCAUCAUCCCCGACAUCCGCGGCUAUGGCGAAUCAUCCAAGCCACCAUCCGUGGCCGCCUAUUCCAAGUCCACCAUGGCAAAGGACAUGAUAUCCGUCAUGAACCACCUCAAUCACAAAACGUUCUUUGUGUGCGCACACGACCGCGGCGCCAGGGUAGCCCACAAACUCCUCGUCGACCACCCCACGCACGUCCGCAAAGCCAUCCUCCUCGACAUCUGUCCCACGCUGUCCAUGUACGAAGCUACCUCGCAGGACUUCGCAACCGCUUACUUCCACUGGUUCUUCCUGAUUCAGCCUGCGCCGCUGCCUGAGACGCUCAUCUCAGCUACGCCUCGUAAGUUUGCGGACUUGUACAUGGGCGGACGUGGUGGGAAGCGGCUUGAGAUUUUUGACAAGGCGUGUUAUGAGGAAUACGCCAAGUUGUUUGAGGACGAGGAUACGGUGCAUGCCAUGUGUAAUGAUUACAGGGCGGCUGCGACGGUGGACCUGGAUGAGCAGAGGGCGGAUCUUAAGGAGGGGAGGUUGAUCAAGUCUCCCGUGAGGAUAAUUUGGGGGAAGAAGGGUAUUAUAGAGAAGUGUUUUGAUGCGAUGACGGAGUGGAAGAAGGUUGUGGAUGAGGGAGUUGUGAUAGACGGGUAUAGUGUUGAUUGCGGGCAUUACAUUCCGGAGGAGGCUCCUGGGGAUGUUGUCAAGGCUAUCAAUGAGUUUUUGGUAUAG